AUGGCAGACGACUUUGAUAGUGCCAAAGAGCACGAUGAUUUCGAAGGGCCAGGUGGUGUCGUUGCCGAUUCCGCUGCUGCGACUACUAUAAAGGACGAUGGAGACAGCAUUUACCACCGUUUAAUCAAGGAGCAGCGGUUCGAGCUGGAGCAGCUCAAGAGGGCGGCGAGGGAGGCUUCGCCCAGUAGCAAACAUGCGCUUGAGCGCCCUUCCUCCGCCACCCUUAACGACGCCGAAGACACGCUACCACCGUCACCCACGAGUAAUAUCAGACCACGGAUAGUACACAGCGAUACCCACGCCAGUGGCGGCGGCGGCGGCGACAGUGGCUGUGAAACCGGUAGCACAUCGUACGUUGGGGAGCUUUCGGCGGGAGGCCGGCACCAUUACGGUAGCAGCACCGCCGACGGUGAUCGCCUCGGCGGCGGAGCCGAGGGUCAGCGGUAUGCCGGAGUCGGCGACGUUGGUGGAGGUUUCUUGGCGGCAAUAACGCGAGAGAGGACGGAUAAGUCUCGGAGUGGGGCGGGUACCAAACGCGGGGAAGAGGAGAGCGGCGGCCGUGCUAGCGCGGACGGCUUGGGCGGCGACAGCGGGCGAUUCUUGCGAGGCGUUCGCGACCCUUCCAAGGCCGCUGCGGAUAGCGACACUGGCCGGAUUAGCAGCAGGGGUGCUGUAGACGCGCAACUUGCUGCCUUUUCGGCAGCCGACAGCUAUCACGCCAAGGAAAGGUCUUCUGGGGGCACCGCAGUUGGGUUUGACCCACUACAGACUGGCGGUGGAGGUGGUGGUGGUAACGUUUCCCGGCGACGGGAAGAACAACCCCCAGUCGAGAAGCAGCCAUCAUUGACGGCCAUGUUGCGGCGUGGGAGUAAGGGCGACGAGAUCACAACGGCAGCCGCUUGUGCUACGGGCAAGGCUUCCGGUACCGCCCCGAAGGCGCACCCAACACCGGGAACGACGGCCGUGCGUUUCACCGGCGGUGAUGGCGCGUCCGCCAUCGCGAACGAGGCCCUCACAUCGCCCGACCGGGGGCUCCACUCCGUCUUCGGCGCUGUCCCCGGCGCCGCUUCAGCCUUCGGCAAUGUGGAAGAAGGUGGUGGUACCAGAGGUCAUGGCGGCGGCCGCGCGCGGACCCGUACGCCGUCGGCUGCCGCCGCGGACGGAGCCGGACCCGUUGCACGGCCCCGGUCUGGUGGUGUCGGCGGCGGUGGUGUCGGCUUCGAGCCGACCAUCAACGGCCGCAGCGACAUGGGCCCGCCGGCAGCCAUCGAACCGCCGCCGCCCCCCGCCACCAAACACACCCACGUCAAGGGUUACGCCGACAGCAUCUUUGUCGGGCGUAAGGCCGCAGAAUCCCCCGGGCGCCACCGCAAGGUCAACGAGUUGGUGGAGCGCCAGGUUGGUGCGGGCGGGCAUUUGUUGGGGAGUUCUUGGGCCGGCGUGGGGGGCAGCAGCGGUAGCUACCAUCUUGGCGGCCGGGCGGCGGCGGGUGAAGGUGGUGGUGCUUUCAGCAGCGCGUCAUGGGCGGCAAAGCUUGUAACCAAGCGGGAAGAGCAGAGCGUGUUGGUGAAGCAACUGGAGCGCGAGCUGGCUUCGACGGUUUCUGCCCUAAAGGACGAGAGGCGUGAGAGGAGGGGGCAGACCGAAACGCUCAGGCGCAAGCUCGAGGAAACCAGGGCCGCCGUGGGGUACAGAGAGGCUGAGCUCCAGAGACGAGAGCGCAUGACAACCACUCUGAUGGGAGAGCUGGAGGCUCUGCAGUCUCGCUGCGACAGGCUGGUUGCCUCACGAGAGGAGAGGGCCGAAGAGGCGGACAAGACCAUGGCCCGACUCCGCGAGGCGGAUGCUGCCGCAGCGGAGGCGCGGUCAGCUCGGGCAGGGGCGGACGCGGAAAGAGUGCGGAUGGGGAGAGACCUGCAAUCUGCGCUAGCAAAGGACCUUCUCGACUCGAAAGGGGAGUGCGAGGAGCUGCGGUCAGAACUGGAAACCCUGCGGAGGCGUGUAGAGGAGGAGGGGACCGGGCGUGAUGUCGGCUCCCUGCGGGCACAGGUGGCGGACCUGGAACGGCUCCUGGAGACAGCGAACCAGAGAUGCGUGGCUCUCGAAGCUAGGCUGGGUUUGCUAGAGAAGGAGCUGGUGGAGGCGGAAGGGGGGGAGGUGGAAGCACGCGCGCGGCUGAGGUGGGCGUUAGGCCAGCUGGGGGAACCUACCCCUACUCCUCACGGGCAGCCGCGCGAGCGCCGAGACACGGAGAGAUCCCCCAAUGGCGGCGGGGUCGGCCGGGGGUCGGCCGACAACGGGAUCGCCGGCGACCCUUCGGGGCAAGCCAGCGGCGACACCGCGGAGCCUUUAGAACGGACGCCAGGGUCGUGGGAACGACCUCUGCGGUUGCUCUCCUCGCCACGAAGCGACGAAGCGGAGGUGCCUAGGGCGGGGAAAGGGUUCGGUGGCGAUGGUAGUGAUGACGGCAAGGGAAGCCUUUCUGGGGGGGGCAGGGGUAGCGAGGGAGAAGCCGAUGCGGUGGCUUCCGCUGACGCGGUGGCGGCGGUGAUGGUCGGAGGAGCGGAGGAGACGGAGUACCGAGAACCCAACUGGCGGAGCUUGGUCCCCGCCUUGUUUCCCCCCGGAUGGCGCGACUUCGCGGCUAGAGGAGAAGUCGGCGCUGGCACUACUGUCGGAGUUGCGGUCGAGCCGGAGGCGGUGGGGGCCGCCUGCAUGGACCGGCCCGACGGGGCUGUGGUUGACCGACCUACGGCUACGCCGGGCGGCGGGUUUGCGAGGGAUGAGGCGGGAGGGGUGCGGGGGCGACAUGACAGCGGUGGGACUGCCUCCGGUUUUGAUGCCACCACACGGGCUGGGGCGCGGCAGUUUGGGGGACGGUCGGCGUCGCCGGCAGGGGAAAUUGCCGAGAUGGAUGAUGAUGGUGAUGGUGCGUCGGAAGAGAGAAGAGAGGCCGCGCUGGACCACUUGACGGCGGAGGAGCUCAGUUUCGCGCUUGAGGGAGGCGUGGGGAUGGAGUACGGAGAGUGGCGGCACAACGAUAGCGACGGGCAGCUGUACGACGGGAUGGGGCUAGCAGAGGAUACCUCUGGUACGGAAGAUGGCGGCGGCUUCGAGACGGAAGGACACAGGGUGCCCCGUUACGGAUACGGUGCAGUAGACGAUGACGCCGUUUUCCCCGGCGGGCAUGGGGCGACAUCCCGCCGUGGAAAUUUCCAAGAUUUUUCCCGGCGGCGACAGCCAGCUGUCGUCAGGACAAGCUCAUUCGAGCCUCGCAGCCAGAGAGGUGGAAGGGGAGCGGCCGUAGUCGCACCGAGCUCCCGCAGGGCGGAUACCCGGCGUGCUCACGCGGACCCGUCCGCACGAAGUCGCCGCCCGCAAAACAGGGAGCCAACGCGAGCCUCUCCAUCCCCUCGCACCCGACCGAACGGCGCCAGAAGGACGCAAGCAUCGUUUUCUUCUUCCGCCGGCCGGGAAGUCCGGGGUAGUAGUAUCGCCCCCCGGCAACAACGAGUCAGCGUACGCGUCCCCGGCGCCCGUGCUGCUACGACGCUACCGGGCCCCAGGCACGGUAGACCUCCCCGACCCGCUCCCGGUACCGGCGCCCUUGGGCGACGGCACGUGGGCGCCCCGCCUUCGCACCGGGCGCAACCGGGGGUUAACAAGAAACACAAGAGCGGGGCGGUCGGGAGUUCCUUGGCCGUGGGAGACGGGGGAGGGCACCUGGCGGACACCACGGACGUAUCGCUCGGCAGCGUGACGGAUCCGCGGCGAACAGCGGCGCACGGUACUAGUCAUUCCGUCGUUGACGCCAUCGCCGGCGUUGGACGCAGCGGUGGUGGCAAGAAAUUGUCCAGGAGAUAUUCUUCGCAACGUGAUAGCUUGAGAAGUAGCGGCGCUAGCCGCACCGUGGUGGCGGUGGGCAGAGGGUCGUCAGCGGCGGCGGCGGCGGAACGCGCCCCCCGGGAGAGAGCUUCGACCCGCUUGGCAUCGGCAAGGUUAGGUGGCGGUAGCGGCGGCGCGAGGGAGCACGUGUCGCUGAUGCGGAGGAGGCGGGGGCUGGGGUCGAGUUUGGCGCCGUCGCGUACGAGGCCGGGGCCUGGUGGUGGCGACCGGAGGCUGGGAAGGGGCGGCAGCGGGGGUGGGUUGGCGGGGGCCGCGGUAAACAGCAGCACCUGCGGCAGCAUCCGCGCCUGGAAACCAUAGCGCUCGUCGGCUGAUGGGAGGACACCUUUUCUUGUGGUACUCGCUCCUAACGUAUGGCAGUAGCAUGUGCUCUCGUCCUGUUUUCUGAUGCCUGGCUCAAUGGCAAGCACACACCGCCGAUCGAUGGUAGGUCGAAGGCACAUGUCGGCCGGCAACGGGUGGAACAAUCUGUGCAUUGCGAAACAGGGCUUUUUUUGUGUGAAUUUUUGUUAUUAUUAGCGAUACUCCGGCGGAAGGGGAUGUCGAAGUUUUUUUCGAACGCGACAGGAUGUUGACAUAAUAUGCCGAUAUUUGCAGAGGGGAUUUCGGACCGAGGGAGAAGGGCAUUGCCGUUUCGUGUUCCUAACGGGCAUCCUUUGCGUGUUGGGUUAUCAGGUGUGUUGGUGCGUUGUGUUAUGGUGUGUUGUGUCUCGUCCCAUAUAUUCUGGAGCCAGUCUAAACCUUUCAAUAUUUAUUUGCCGUAUCAG